GGCGCGUGCAGCCGAGGAUCCCCAGCUUCCCAGGCCUCUCCUCUGAGCCUUUGCCCCUAGGAUCACUGCUGGGGCCAUGAAGACCAAGAACCGGCCCCCCAGGCGCCGGGCGACCCCUCAGGACACAGAGGCCAGCCCAGCGGAGCAGACCCCAGACAGGCCCCAGCUGGGCUCUGGGCAGGAGCCAGCCAAGGGUCUGCGGAGCCGAGCAUCACGGGCGCAGGGGGGCCGGGCUGAGGGUGGACGGCGGCGGCCUGGGCUGGCGGGACCUGGUGGCCGCCGGGAAAGCAGCAUCCAGCGGCGGCUGGAGAGCAACGAACGGGAGCGGCAGCGCAUGCACAAGCUCAACAAUGCUUUCCAGGCGCUGCGUGAGGUCAUCCCGCACGUACGCGCCGACAAGAAGCUCUCCAAGAUCGAGACGCUCACGCUGGCCAAGAACUACAUCAAGUCCCUCACUGCCACCAUCCUAGCCAUGUCCAGCGGGCGCCUCCCGGGCCUGGACGGGCCGGGCCCCAAGCUCUACCAGCACUACCAGCAGCAGCAGCAGCAGGUGGCCGGGGACACGCUGGACGCCGCCGAGGCCCAGCCCGAGGCCCACCUGCAGAGGUACUCCACGCAGAUCCACAGCUUCCGAGAGGGCUCCUAGCGCCUAGCCCGGGGGCCACAGCUUCCUCCUGCUGGGGGCCCUCACGGCACAGGAGGUGACGCCCCAGAAGAUCCAGUUUUCCUGAACUUGGCUGCCUCCUUGGGGCAUGUCCUGACCUUCGGGGGGGCCAAGGCCAGUGAGUAACUCUGGGCAGUCCGAGGUCCUGGCCUUCUACAUUGGACUCGGCAGUGGACUGGCCUUGGCCUGUGUAACUCAUCUCUCUCCACCCUGACCCCUCUGGCUAUCAGAAAUCUGCGGGGAAACGUUCCUUUGGUAAGUUCCCCCACCAUGGCCGAGGCCCCUUGUAACCUGCAUCAUAGGGCCAGGUGGGGUAAACCAAAGCCCAGGGCCAGCAGAGCCUGAAGCCACGUGGGAGGGUGGCCAGGCAGGGGUCUGAAGACCCUGGCUCAGGACCCCUCAGGAUGGGGUAGCUGGGGCACGGA